GACUGCAGGAGCUGGAGGCUGGGAACUUCCCCACUGCCCUCUCCUUCCUUCAAGAGGCUGCGGGAGGAUUCUGCUCCAAGAGGGUCCUGGCCCAGAUCUACACCUGCCUUGGCUGCUGUGCUCAGCGAAUGGGCAAGCCUCAGACAGCCCUUCAGCACCUGAAACGGGCCCUCCAGGUAGACUUCCAGUGCUUCCCUGCCCUGUUCCACGCAGCAGCGGUGUACCACGAGCUGGAGGAGACUGAUGCGGAGCUGCAGGCCCUGGCUCUGCUAUACGAGGCUCUGGGAAAAAAACCUCCAGCAGCUGCUUCCUCUAGUCCGUAUUUCUUAAUCCGAACCGAGCUUCUUGUCCACACACCAUUACUAGCUUUUUUCCUUCCCGAUCACCACCCCUCUGAAGUGAAGUACCUGCUGGCACAGCGGUGUCUCCAGGAUGGGAGGGUGGCUGAUGCAGCGGAACAUUAUCUGGAUUUUCUGGCUCUGCUUCAGGAGGGGCUGCAGCAGCAGGUGCCUCUAAAUGGCAGCUCAGUUCUGCCCAGGAUCCCUGAGGUGUUCCUGGAAGCAGCGUCCACCUUGGAGCAGGCCGGGAGGCACGAGGACGCAAUAGCUGUCUGCAAGGAGGUCAUCAGCCGGACAACUGACCUGAUCCCAAGGAUGUUACGAGUGGAGGAGAGGCCAGAGGAGCCAGAGUGCCCAUCGCCAGGGGCAGGGCUGUCCCAGAAGGAGAGUCUCUGCUGCCUUGCGUGGAGAUCAGCUGCAUACCUGCACCAAGGCUGGGCAUGGGCAAAGCUGGGCAAGACCAAGGAGGCCGUAACACAAUUCAGCAGGUGCCUUGGUGAUCUCCUGCGAGUCCAGAUUUACAGGUCUAGUGUUGAAGCAACAGAAAAUCUCCUGCCAGAGGUGGAGGUGCUCCAGAAGAUCAGGUUGCUCUCUCUCAUUGGGCGAGGUACACAGUUCCUGGAGAUGAGGCAGCACAAAGAAGCAUUGUUGGAUUUCCAGCAUAGUUUGCAGAUCUCACCAGGUGACCCAGAUGCUGCGUCCUACCUGGUGGAGGCCUUGUGGAACCUGAACCGAAAGCAGGAGGCAGCUGCUCGCUGGCAGAAGCUCCCCCAGAGCCCCCCAGAGGAAGAAGGGCAGGGAAGGCCCUUCCCUCUGUACCUGGCCUGGUGUCUGAGGCAGGCGACAUUCCCACAUGGCGGAUCUCUUGCCAGAAGUAUGCAGGAUUACCUCAAGACCACAGACCAGGACCCCUCGAGCUAA